AUGGUGCCGUUAUCGCAGCAGCGCCCACAGCCGGUCAACCAUCAGCCGCCACCGGCGGCGGCGGCCUACAACCCCUUCCACGGCCCUCACCAGGCCCAGGCCCCGUCGCAUCAGCCCCAGCACCAGCCGCUGCGACCCUCCGACGCUGCGCAGAGCCGGGCGGACGGCCAGGCCUCAGCGCUGCAUCCGUUCUUCGACCAGCUGCUACCGGCGCCGGCGCCAGGCGGCAGCUCGGCCACGGCCGCCGGCUCGGCCCAUUCGCAUUGCCUGCCAAUCACCGAGCAGACGCACGCCUUCGCCCUCGCCCUCGCCGGUCGACUCGUUAGCGCAGCUGAUGGCGCCAUCGCCGGCGCCCACGCUUCCCCCACCCGCGCACUCGCCGGCAGCUGCGCCGCCGCCACUGCAGCAGCCGAUGGGCGCAACUCCGCCACCACAGCAGCAGCCACCGCUAUCGCCGUUCUUCGCACCACCACAGAUGAACCAGCACCCGCACCCGCACCCUCAUCCGCACCCGCCCCACCACCAGAAUCACCCACCAGCGCCAGCGCAUGA